GGACAGGGGAGAGUGAGGAGCUCCUGAGUAUACCGUCUGGAGUUGACUUGUCUUCGAAGGGCGCUUCAGGGCUUCUGCGUGGACCAUGUGUGCUGCGGUCCUGGACGAGUACUGUGGGUCCAUCUUCUGGAACUCUUCAUACGUGGAGAGGGAGGAUCCAGACCUGCCAGUAUGCGUGGAGCAGACGGUGCUGGUGUGGAUCCCUUUGGGCUUCUUGUGGCUCUGUGCCCCCUACCACCUGGUGGCUCUCUGCAGGAGGGCAAAGAACACAAAAUACAUAUCCAAGCUUUACAUCUGCAAACAGGUCGUUGCGUCUCUGUUGUUCCUAACUGCCAUAGCGGGCCUGGGCGUCACUUUAGGAGAAGAUUUUGCUGCUGGCCAGGACCCUCCAUCAGAAAAGAAUCCUAGUGUGUACUUGGCCAACCCCGUCAUUUAUGCUGUGUCAUGGGUGAUGGUGCUGCUGUGCCAAGAAGGAUUAAGACGGAGAGGAGCAAUCGAUUCCGCCACUCUCUUCUCCUUCUGGUUUCUUGUGGUUCUGUGCGAUGUUUUCCCUCUUCAGACUGUCAUACGAGAGGCACUCAGGCUGGGAAUGGUGGAGGACGUCCAUCGAUUUUGCCUCAUUUGCAUCUCCUUUGGGCUGGAAGUGAUUGCACUCAUCCUCUCUGCUGUAGCUGACCUCUCUCCACAAGUCAGGGAGAUUGCCAAAAAGAAUCCUGAGGCAGGUGCCGCGUUUUUGAGCAGAAUCACUUUCAACUGGUUUAAUAGCAUGGUGGUGAAGGGGUACAAGCAGCCCCUGGUUCAAGAGGACUUGUGGGCGCUGGAUGAGACGGACAGCACGGCUUACAUCAGCGGGCACUUCCGGCACUUCAUGCAACUGGAGUUUGCCGUAGCUCGACAGCGCUACCAAAAGAAGCUAGCGAAAAAACCAAUCAAGAAAUCCCAGAAUGAAUCCUUUGAAAAUGGACUCUCCACUGGUCUGGGGAAAGGUGUCAGUAAGGAUGGUUUAAUGAUGGAGGAACGAGGCAACAAAGAAGGCAAAAAAGAAAAGAAAACAAAGAAAAAGAAGGAAGAAGAAAACUACCCUACCUCAUGGCUCGUACCUACCAUCUAUAAGACAUUUAAAUGGGCUCUGAUUGAGUCGGCCUUCUUCAAGCUUCUGCAAGACCUCCUGGCUUUUGCAAGCCCUCAACUACUGAAGUUGAUGAUUUCCUUCACUCAGGAUAAAAGCAGCUAUGCAUGGGAAGGCUAUCUAUAUGCAGUGUUGCUGCUUUUGGUGGCUCUCCUGCAGUCUCUCUUCCUGCAGCAGUACUUCCAGCGAUGCUUUGUGCUGGGGAUGCAGGUGCGUACGGCUAUCAUGGCGGCCGUUUACAAAAAGGCACUGGUGGUCUCCAACGACACACGUAAAGAGUCCACAGUCGGGGAAACAGUGAACCUGAUGUCUGCUGAUGCCCAGCGAUUCAAUGACGUGAUCAACUUCAUCCACCUGCUGUGGUCCUGCCCGCUGCAGAUCGCCUUGUCCAUCGUGUUCCUGUGGCAGGAGCUCGGGCCCUCUGUGUUGGCUGGACUGGCGGUCAUGGUCCUAAUGGGGCCAAUUAAUGGACUGCUCGCAAGCAAGGCCAGAAACUUCCAGAUAGACAACAUGAAAUUCAAGGACAAGCGAUUGAAGAUAAUGAAUGAAAUACUCAACGGAAUGAAGAUUCUGAAGCUGUAUGCAUGGGAGCCAUCCUUUCAAGCUCAAGUGGAAGACAUCAGAGGCCAAGAGCUGAACAUCAUGAAGAAGUUCGCCUACCUCUCGUCAGUCUCCAUUUUCAUUUUCAGCUGUGCUCCAGCUCUGGUGUCUUUGGCCACGUUUGCCGUGUUUGUCGCCGUGAGUUCAGAGAACGUGUUGACCGCCGAGAAGGCGUUCACUUCCAUCUCUCUUUUCAACAUCCUCCGCUUCCCUUUGUCCAUGUUGCCGAUGCUCAUUGCCGGCAUUGUGCAAACAGCAGUGUCCAGAAAGCGACUUGAAAAGUUUUUGGGAGGCGAAGACCUUGAAAGUGAUGUUGUGCGCCAUGACCCCAGCAUCAGUUCUGCUGUUAACGUGUGCAAUGGUUCCUUCUCAUGGGAGAAAGAGGGCGAGCCCCUGUUGAAGAAUGUGUCUUUGGACAUCAAACCAGGGCGGCUGGUUGCAGUUGUGGGAGCUGUCGGCUCGGGCAAGUCUUCUCUGGUGUCGGCCAUUCUGGGGGAGAUGCACAGCAAGAAUGGAUUCAUCAAUAUUCAGGGUUCUCUUGCCUUUGUACCGCAGCAAGCAUGGAUCCAAAAUGCCACUUUGAGGGAUAAUGUCAUGUUUGGCUCUCCCCGCGAUGAGACGAGGUUACAGGAAGUGAUCCAAGCCUGCGCCUUGGCUCCUGACCUGGAGCUCCUUCCUGGCGGUGACAUGACUGAGAUUGGAGAGAAAGGUAUCAACCUGUCAGGGGGUCAGAAGCAACGUGUGAGUUUGGCCAGGGCGGCGUACAGCCAGGCGGAUAUUUACCUACUGGAUGACCCCCUUUCUGCUGUGGAUUCUCACGUGGGAAAACAUCUUUUUGACAAAGUGAUCGGACCCAAAGGAAUGCUCAAAGACAAGACACGUAUCCUGGUGACUCACGGAGUGAACUUCCUGCCUCAUGUGGAUGAAAUUGUUGUCUUGGUCAAUGGAGUGGUUUCCGAGGUUGGAUCCUACAACAGCCUCCGUGCGAGCAAAGGAGCCUUUUCAGAGUUUUUAGACACAUACGCCAAAGAACAAAACAAUGCUACCAAGCCUGAGAGAGAACGUGGCCCGAGUGUUUCAGAGACGGAGAUGAUCCCUGAAGGAGAUGACACCCAUCCUGACUCCCCCCUAGAGGACAUGGUCACUGUGACUCUGAAGAGAGAAAACAGCAUCCGUCGGAGCCAGCGCAACAGCAGUUUUAGAGUUGGAAAAAACAGCUCUGCAAGGAAAUCUGAACAUGCAGCUGAGACAAACAAAGGCCAAAGGCUCAUUGAGAAGGAAACUAUGGAAACAGGACAGGUGAAGUUUUCAGUCUACCUCCAGUACCUGCGCGCUAUGGGCUGGGGAUAUACCGCCAUGGUCUUCCUGUUGUACUUGAUCCAGAACAUUGCAUUCAUCGGCCAGAAUGUUUGGCUGAGUGACUGGACUAAUGAUGCAGUGGAGUACUACAACAAGACCUACCCUACAUCCAAGAGGGACACCAGGGUGGGGGUAUUUGGAGCUCUGGGAUUGGUUCAGGGCCUCUUUGUGUUUCUCGGUACUCUGGUGCUGGUCAAAGCCUCACUUGAGGCGUCUCGAAUUCUGCACUCCAGGCUGCUCAACAACUUACUGCGUGUUCCAAUGCUGUUCUUUGACACCACGCCCAUCGGAAGGGUGGUCAACCGCUUUGCAAAGGAUAUAUUCACUGUCGAUGAGGUCAUCCCACAGUCGUUCCGGGCUUGGCUCAUGUGUCUGCUGGGGGUCCUGGGGACACUCUUUGUCAUCUGUCUGGCUACUCCUUUCUUCACCGUUGUCAUCAUUCCCCUGGUUGUGGUGUACUUCUUUGUGCAGCGUUUCUAUGUGGCGACGUCAAGACAGCUGCGUCGACUUGACUCGGUGUCUCGCUCUCCCAUAUAUUCACACUUUGGCGAGACGGUGUCCGGCCUGUCUGUGAUAAGAGCUUACGGCCAUCAAGAAAGGUUUCUCCAGCACAAUGAAAACACCAUUGAUGAGAACCUAAAGUCCGUCUACCCGUGGAUCGUAUCGAACAGAUGGCUGGCUAUUCGUUUGGAGUUUCUGGGCAAUCUAGUGGUCUUUUUUGCCGCUUUGCUCGCGGUCAUUUCCAGGGAUACUUUAGACAGCGGCCUGGUUGGCCUGUCCAUAUCUUACGCCCUCAAUGUUACGCAAACCCUGAACUGGCUUGUUCGGAUGUCCUCAGAGCUGGAGACCAAUAUUGUCGCCGUGGAGAGAGUGAGUGAAUACAGCGUCAUUGAUAAUGAGGCCAGGUGGGUGACUGAAACCCGGCCACCCGAGAAGUGGCCUGAGGAAGGAAGACUUCUGUUUGAAAACUACAAGGUCCGUUACAGACCGGGUUUGGACCUGGUGCUGCAUGGCAUCUCUUGUGACAUUGGUAGCACAGAGAAGAUCGGUAUUGUGGGCCGCACGGGAGCUGGGAAAUCCAGCUUGACCAACUGUCUGUUUCGGAUCAUUGAAGCUGCUGAUGGUCGUAUCCUCAUCGACAAUGUUGACAUAUCCAAAAUAGGUCUGCAUGACUUAAGAAACAGGCUCACCAUUAUACCACAGGAUCCUGUGUUGUUCUCCGGAACAUUGAGGAUGAACCUCGAUCCAUUUGACCGAUUCAGCGACGAGGACAUCUGGAGAGUUCUGGAGCUCUCCCACCUUAAGGAGUAUGUGUCCGGGCUGCAGGAGGGAUUACAUCAUGAGGUUGCAGAAGGAGGAGAGAACCUGAGCGUUGGACAGAGGCAGCUGCUGUGUUUAGCCCGUGCACUGCUCAGGAAGUCCCGCAUAUUAAUUCUGGACGAGGCGACGGCAGCUGUAGACCUGGAAACGGAUGACCUGAUCCAGACGACCAUUCGCAAAGAGUUUGCACACUGCACCGUCCUCACCAUCGCCCAUCGUCUGCACAGCAUCAUGGACAGCUCGAGGGUGAUGGUGCUCGAUUCCGGAAGGAUCGUGGAGUUUGAUUCUCCGAGUAGGCUGCUUGAAAAACAAGGACAUUUCUAUUCCAUGGCCAAGGAUGCUGGGAUAACGCAAGCUGAAAUCACAAGUCUAUGAUUUGUAUGUUUUUAUUUUUAAUUUUUAUGUUUUGAUGUAUGAUUCCAAAGGUUGUCAUGUCCGUGGAUGUACUUUUUUGUAUUUAAAGCAGAAACAAUCACAUUUAAUGUGUAAAUAACGUUUGUAUAUACAGUAUACAAAUGCGAAUAAAUAUUUUUCUCAAAUGCUG